GAAGAAAGAUACCAAAAUAUUAUCUUCAAUCCUUCCUCUCUACCCAUGGCAUUUUCUUCUUCAAACUCUUGGAGAUACGACGUCUUCCCAAGUUUCAGAGGGGAAGAUGUCCGUAAUAACUUCCUCAGCCACUUGCUCAAAGAAUUUGAAAGUAAAGGAAUAGUGACAUUCAGAGAUGACCAUAUCGAAAGAAGCCACACGAUCGGUCCAGAGCUCAGAGCAGCCAUUAGAGAAUCUAAGAUCUCAGUAGUCUUGUUCUCAGAGAACUAUGCUUCAUCAAGCUGGUGUUUGGACGAGCUGGUCGAGAUAUUGAAAUGUAAGGAAGAACAAGGACAAAAAGUGAUGCCGGUUUUCUACAAAGUGGAUCCAUCUCAUGUAAGGAAACAGACCGGAAAGUUUGGAAUAACUUUCUUGGAAACUUGUUAUGGUAAGACGGAAGAGCAACAACACCAAUGGAGGCAGGCGUUGACUCAUGCUGCCAAUAUUGUUGGAGAUCAUCCUCAAGAUUGGGACAAUGAAGCAUAUAUGAUCACAGAAAUAACCAAGGAUGUACUAAACAAAUUAUUAAAUGCAACGCCAUCAAAAUAUUACAAUGACUUGGUUGGAAUUGAAGCUCACAUUGCAAAGAUGGACUCUUUGUUAUGCCUUGAGUCUCAAGGAGUGAGGAUAGUAGGGAUAUGGGGUCCUGCAGGCGUUGGUAAGACUACCAUAGCUAGAGCUUUAUAUAAUGUAUAUCAUGAGAACUUCAAACUUUCUAUAUUUAUGGAGAAUGUUAAAGAAAGUUAUAAUGGUGAAGCUGACCUUGAUGACUAUGGUUUGAAGCUGCGUUUACAACAAAGAUUUUUGUCCAAACUUCUUGAUCAUAAGGAUUUGAGAAUUCGUCAUUUAGGCGCCAUCGAAGAAAGGCUAAAGAACCAGAAAGUUCUAGUUAUUCUUGACGAUGUGGACAAUAUUGAGCAACUCAAAGCCUUAGCAAAGGAAACUCAAUGGUUUGGUAACAAGAGCAGAAUCAUCGUGACAACUCAAAACAAACAACUUUUGGUUUCACACGAAAUCAACCACAUGUACAAGGUGGCUUAUCCUUCAAAACAAGAAGCUCUUACUAUAUUUUGCCAGCAUGCUUUUAAUCAAAGCUCCCCAUCAGAUAAUUUCAAGGACCUUGCAAUUGAGAUUUCAGCUCUUGCUGGUCAUCUUCCUCUGGGUCUACGCGUUCUUGGUUCGUUUAUGCGUGGAAAGAGUAAGGAGGAGUGGGAGUUUUCCCUGCCUACGCUAAAAAAUCGACUAGAUGGAGAGAUAGAGAAAGUAUUAAAAGUCGGGUAUAAUGGCUUACAUAAGGAUGACAAAGCUUUAUUUCUUCAUAUUGCAUGUCUUUUUAGCGGUCAUCACAAAAACUAUGUGAAAGAGAUGGUCAUAGCUAACAAUGACUCGGAUGUUAGUUUUGGACUUAAAGUCUUGGCUGAUAAAUCUCUCAUACAAAUAUAUGAGAAUGGUAUAGUCGAGAUGCACUCCUUACUUCGACAAUUGGGGAGAGAAGUUGUUCGAGAGCAAUCUCUUUACGAGCCAGGAAAACGUCAGUUCUUGAUGAAUGCUAGAGAGACGUGUGGCGUCCUUGCAAAUAAUACUGGUACGGGAACUGUAUUAGGUAUAUCGUUAGAUAUGAGUGAGAUCAAAGAGGAGUUCUAUAUAAGUGAGAAAACCUUUGAAGAUAUGAGGAACCUCUUAUAUCUAAAAUUCUAUAUGAGUAGCCCUGUAGAUGAUAAAAUGAAAGUCAAGUUGUUGUUACCAGAAGAAGGGUUAAGCUAUCUUCCGCAAUUGAGGUUAUUACAGUGGGAUGCAUAUCCUCUCGAGUAUUUCCCUUCUCGCUUUCGACCCGAAUGUCUUGUCGAACUCAACAUGUCUCAUAGCAAGCUUAAGAAGCUAUGGAGUGGAGUUCAGCCGCUUAGAAACCUCAAGAUAAUGAAUCUGUAUAACUCUCGGAAAUUGGAAAUCCUUCCAAAUCUUUUGGAAGCAACAAACCUAAACACAUUGGAUUUGGGUUGGUGUGAGUCUUUGGUAGAGCUUCCUUCAUCUAUACAAAACCUUCAAAAUCUGUUUUUGUUAGAGAUGUCUUGUUGCCAAAAGUUAGAGAUCAUCCCAACCAACAUCAACUUAUCAUCUCUAGAGUUCCUCCACCUAAGAUAUUGCGCUCGAUUGAAGACCUUUCCAGAGAUUUCAACCAAUAUCCGUCUUCUCAAAAUAAAAGGCACUUCGAUCACUACAGUGCCUCCAUCAGUUGAAUAUUGGAGUAAAAUUGUAGAAAUUUGCAUGGAGAGGACUAAGGUAAAGCGAUUGGUUCACGUUCCUUAUGUUUUAGAAAGGCUAUGUUUGAGAGGAAAUUUAGAAUUGGAGUCUAUUCCAAGCUACCUCAAAUAUCUUCGUCGGCUGAACAUGAUUGACAUCUCCUAUUGUAUCAAUAUUAUAUCGCUACCGGAGCUUCCAGGCUCAGUAUCCGCCUUAACAGCUGUGAACUGCAAGUCACUUCAAAGACUACAUGGCCACUUUCAAAACAGAAGCAUCACCCUGAAUUUCACUAACUGUUUAAAGCUAGAUCAGAGAGCACAAGAAAAGAUCCACCAGUCAGUUUACAUCCACCAGUCCGCAUACAAAGUUGCUACCUUACCUGGUGAACAAGUACCUGCAUACUUCCCCUUUCGAAGUACGGGAAAUUCAAUAAUGAUCCAUUCAGAUAAGGUUGAUCUUUCAAAGUUCAACAGAUUUAAGGUAUGCCUCGUGCUUGGAGCGGGAAAAUCUUUUCAAGGUUGUGAUAUAAAAUUCUACAAACAAGUAUUGUGUGAACCGAGAACGUAUUCUGUGCCAAAGCGUCUUGAUGCUCCAUUUCUUGAAAGUGAUCAUCUUUGCAUGUGCGAGUUUGGAUUACUGCCACCACAUCCUCCAACGCAAUGGGAGCUUCGACGGCCAAUCAAAAUGAUGAUUGUUUCCUUUGAGAGUCGCGNCCUUUCGAAGUACGGGAAAUUCAAUAAUGAUCCAUUCAGAUAA